AUGGCCAACGACGGCGUACAUACUGCCUUUGCCAGGGCAUCCAGACGACGCUCCUGCAACGAAUGCCGCACCCGUCGGACACGAUGCGAACUGAAGAGCCAGCCCGAUGGGUCCAUGAAAUGUCUCUGGUGUAUUAAGUACGGUAAGGAAUGCGAUCUGCCGGACGACGAGUCUCUCCAGCAGAAUACUCCAAGACCACCAAAUGACGGUUCGAUGAUUAUGAACGGACAAACGUCCGCUCAUGCGGGCUUCCAGCUUUCCGAUCAAUCUUUUCUCCCCACUGAAGAGUCGAGAGAAAAAAUCUUACGAAUCCGUCAGAAUAUCACGGAAAAUAACUAUCAACCCUGGACAGAUAUUGAGGGCACGGACAAGUUGUACAUCGACCCGCCGCUCGCAAAAUAUAUAGAAAACGAACUCUUCUUUGCGAAAGUACAACCCUACAUCCCAAUAAUUACCAGGCAGUAUGUAAAGACAAACAAAAUAUCCCCACUCCUGCGCGCCGCCAUGUACGGCGUGGCUGCAAGAUUGAACGGGGUGCUUGUUUCAAGUCGAGACUUUGUCCACAUUAAGCAAGUCCUACAUGCACAGCUUAUGAGGUUGAUGAACAAUUAUAAGCCGUCUCUACAGGCAUUGAUGGCUUUAACGUUGAUUCAUCUCACUGUCGAGUUACAAACCGAAGGAAUCCAUGAUACAGAAGCAUGGCCGAUCAGGCUUGGGAUGGCAGUUCGGAUGGCACUGGAGCUGAAACUUCACAGGCGGUCGGCGCAGAGCAAGUAUUCAGAGGAUAUGCAAGAGAUGCGAAGACGGCUAUUCUGGGCUGUCUUCAUCAAAGACCGAUGGACGAGCACAGGAAAAGGGUAUCCUCUAAUGAUAUCCUAUAAUGACAUCGACCUCGACUUCCCAGACGUUAGAAACCUCGAUCCGGGUUUUGAGAACACAAAACAUCACUUCUUCGUUGAGUUAAUACAACAAGCCAUUGUACUUGGUAAAUGCCACUCAGUUGCAUACCGCGCGGAUAGAUUUACACACGUUGAAAAAAGAGACUUCCGCGAAGUCCAAGAUUCCAUAGCAGAGCUCGAGAAUCGUCUUCGCAGAUUCCAGACAAUCUGCAAAGACUAUGACAGCCAAGCGACACUCGCACUAAACUACGCUGCACUUAAACUAAUAUUCUACUACCCUUUCUUUCAGCCAGCCAAUGCCGAAGAGAAGGUCAAGGCAGCAGGGUUCUUGCAAGAUACCGUAAAGGUUCGACGAGAGCUAGCUGAAGCUGCAGUCUAUGCUCUCGGGUACGCAAGUAAAGAAUUGGUCCAUAGCUGUCCUGCAAUAUGGGGUAUUGGCUACUAUGCCCAAGUCCGUUGCUUUCUGGCAGCAUUGAGCAUCAAGCUAGAGACAGCCAUCGAUUACCCCCAGGAGCUGCGAGAGGAAGCCAACAAAGCUUGUGACAAAGUUGUGGAUAUCGCCAGGCACAUGUGUGAGGAGAAGCGGUGGAGCUUUAGACUGAUGUCUGGAACAUUGGUACUAUUCUGCGAAAACGUUGCCGACGAAAGAAAGAAGGCUCUAUCGCCAUCCAUGCAAGACACUGGUUCGGAUGUUACACUCAGCCCUCAGCAGACCGAUGUCAGCUCUACAUCAUCACAAAAACCAAUACGGAAACCAAAAAGAAGUCGAGAAGAAUAUCAUCAUCAUCCCUCACACGAGAUACAUUCGCUCUCGCUCGAUGUUCAAAGUGCGCAGAACUAUGACAUGCGCAUGCACAUGGCGUUCCAAGACCAGAACGAAUAUAUAUCUCCUGUGGACCCGUACGCCAAUGCAUAUACACCUUCAUUUGCUAGCGCCCCGAUGGUCGACGAAUCUUUCAACAUGAUGCCAGAAGGAGCAACGAAUUAUCCCAUGAUGACCAGUGAUGGGUUUGGAAAUAUGAACAGCUGGGACAUGGGAACUAUGUUCCAACAGGAUUUCAAUAUCUUCAACUGGGGAACAAUGGAAGAAUUCCACGAUUCGAAUGGGGUUCCGAAAACCCAAUAUCCCUGA